AAGAAAAUUAAUGAAAUAUAAUAUUAAGUUUACAAUAAACUUGUUGAAUUGGUAGAAGUGAAAUGAAUGUUCUGUAACACAAUUUCUGUGCUAGAGAAUAGGCAAAUAUGUCUGAAAAAACAGGAUCGUCUCCACAAAGUUCUACAUUCUCAAUACAGGGAGAAGAGAAUCAACCACAAAGAAAGGGUCUUGGUGUAGUGACAGCUUCAGUGUUCAUUGUUGGAGCAAUAUGUGGGAGUGGAGUAUUGGCUGUCCCACAGGCUAUCGUUAACAUCGGGUAUAUAGGUCCUAUCGUUCUCGUUGCCUGUGGACUUAUUUCUUCAUAUACCGGCAGCAUCCUCGGGAGAUGUUGGACAUUACUUCGUGCUCGAUAUCCCGAAUAUGAACACGAGAGAAUUACUGAUCCGUAUCCAACCAUAGCUCAUAGAGCAGGAGGAAAAGUUGCCGAAAUUGCUACAAGAGUUUGCAUUGAUGUUACGUUAUUUGGAGGAGCCACAGUGUUCCUUCUGUUGAUAGCGGGCAAUAUUUCAAAUCUGAUUGCUAACCUUGGCGAUAAACAGUUUUCUCUUUGUUAUUUAUUACUUAUUGUUACUGGAGUUCUUACUCCUUUCACGUGGCUAGGAACUCCAAAAGAUUUUUGGCAAGCAGGAGUAGUGGCUGCAUGUACGAGUGUGAUAGCAUCAUUUUUUGUAUUUGGAAGUUUGAUGACUGCUAUUCCAGACCAUCCGAAUCCACAGCAUGCAGCAACGCAGUGGUCUUUAUUCUUUAGUGCAUUCGGUACGAUAUUAUUCUCAUUUGGAGGAGCAAGUUGUUUUCCAACUAUCCAAGUCGACAUGAAACAACCAAAUAAAUUUCCCGUAUCUGUUGUAAUUGGAAUAUCAACCGUUCUGGCAGUUUAUCUUCUUGUGGGACUCACUGGAUUUUUUGUUCUUGGUGAUGACAUGGAACCAAAUGUUCUCGAUGCAUUGCCUCCUGGAUGGAUGUCUUAUACUGUUAACAUUCUUGUUACAUCACAUCUUCUUAUGGCGUUUCUUAUCGUAAGCAAUCCUGUCAGUCAAGAAAUUGAAGGAUUUUUUAAGAUACCAGACAAAUUUGGCGUCAAGAGAAUACUGGUUCGAACGUCGUUGUCUGGAAUGGCAAUGUUUGUUGGUCUCACCGUUCCCCACUUUGACAUUAUUUUGUCGUUGUUGGGAGGUUCAACAAUAGCUUUAACCAAUUUUAUUUUUCCGCCUCUGUUCUACCUUUUGUUGUCGAGACAAAGAACUCCUUCUGCCGCUCAUGGUCCUCUUCCAUCAUACAUACAGUCUUCAAUAGAAACCACCUCGGAUUCAACAUCACUGCACCCUCAACCUCACGUUCAAUCGAGAGAAGAAGAUCCUGCACAGCCAAGUUGGAUGCAAGUUGAUUUAGAGUUGCAUAUUAAAGUUAUUUUAAUAGAGAUCAUACUGAUUGGUAUAGUUGGAGGUGUUUCUUCCACUUACUUUUCAUUUGCUUCUCUCGUUAACGGAGAUUCCGGUUUUACAGUUCCUUGCUACGUCAAUGUAAGCGUUGGGUUGUAGAGAUGCAAGAAGCUGAACAAGCAAAACAUAUAAGCAUUGAAAUUUUGGUGCUCUAGAAGUAUACGCACCAAGAUGUCGCACAACCUGAAUCCUAACCGGUACGCACCUACUAUGUUCAGGUUGUGCGCCAUCUUGGUGUGCAUACUUCUGGAGGUCCGCAAUUUUAUAUUUUAAACGUUGAAUAUUUGAACUUGACUGCAAUACUAAUAUAAUAUUUAACAUUGUAUUUCUUUUACCCUAAUAACUAUUAUUAUAAAUUCAAAACACGUUUUUGUGAUAACGUAUGAGAGACUAUGUUUUAUGUUAUCAAAAUCACAAGUGCUCACCCUGUCAGCAGCACUGAACGAGGCAAUAAAGUUGCAACGAGUUUUUGCAAAUUUUUGAAGUUUUUCGUGAAAAAGUGUUUAUAGCUGUCCAAUGCGAAAGACGUAACAAGGUCUCUGCAGAUGUCAGAUAUUUCCAACCCACUAUUUAAAAAAAAGUAGGGUUAUUUGAC